GCUUGGCUAAUUCAUACACAAACUAAUUUAAUUAGGCUAAAUCAUACAUUGAACAAAAGUAUUCUUCCGAUUAGUUUACCAAAUAUAUUAUUUGGUUCGUUUGAAAUCUCUUAUAUCACGGUUUAAUAACGCCGUGGUAUUCACUGUUACGACUAGCUCGCCGGAGAAGAAGAAGAAUGAAGGAGGAGAAGAAAGACGACGGAGUAAUGGCUGAGGAGAAGCCUUACAUGUUCUGGAUUUGGACUUUGGCUUCUACGAUUUUCCGAUUAUUCCUGAUCUUUUCCCCGGCAAAUAUCAACCUAUCUUCCCGUCCGGAGGUCUCCACCCCUCACACCAGCCUUCGCCGCCUUGCUGAAGGUUACUGGUUGAAGCAGUCAUCACUGUCGCCAUACGCAGGAUCAAUGUAUCAUGGCUCUCCAUUGCUACUCUCCAUUCUCGGUCCUCUCACAGUUCAGAGGAUCGAAGGGCAAUCGAGUCAUCAUUUGUGCAGUUUGGUUUUUGUUAUUGCAGAUUUACUUAGUGCACUGCUUCUUCGAGCUAUUGGUCAGAAGCUCCAGAAGUCUUAUAGAAUGAAUUUGAGGCCACUUGGUGUUCUUAGGUCAUCGCAGGAUAGAGGGAUCCUUCCUUGUGGAGAUAUUGCUGCUCUUGUGUAUCUGUGGAAUCCUUUCACAAUACUUUCUUGUGUUGGCUUAUCUACUUCUCCAAUAGAAAAUUUGGCUGUCAUUGUGUCUCUUUAUGGAGCAGUUACUCGACGAGUUCCUCUGGCUGCAUUUGGGUUAAUCAUGGCCACACAUUUGUCUCUUUAUUCAGCACCUUUAGUGUUUCCAUUGAUCUUUCUGUUGGGAUAUGGUUUAGAUGCCCCUCCUAUAAAAAAGUUCCUUCAGACAAGACAUGGAGGGGUUGAGACUGGAUCAACCUCUGAUGUUUCUAAACAAGAAAAGUUGACUCCGACUACACAACUUCCUUUCUCAUGGAGAACAGUCUUGCAUUUCGUAUUUUGGGUAUUGGUUUGGUCGAGCUAUGUGUUGGUUUUAUGCAGCUUAUCAUUGAAACAAUAUGGUGGGCUUGAGGAGAUGUUCAAAAGGACUUAUGGUUUCAUUCUCAGAAUCGAAGAUCUGUCACCAAACAUUGGUGUCUUUUGGUACUUCUUCGCAGAAGCCUUCGAGUUUUCCAGAAAUUAUCUCCUGAUAAUUUUCAACUUAUAUAUUCUCCUUACUUCGAUACCAUCUUUAAUGUUCCGGUUAAAACAUCGACCCUGCUUCCUUGCUUUCGCUUAUUUAGCCUUCACUUCGAUUCUUAAAUCUUAUCCUUCAGUUGGAGAUGCAGCUUUAUACUUGAGUUUAUGGGCAUUGUUUGUCAAUGAAUUAACAGACAUGGAGUACUCGUUCUUUAUCUUCUGUGGAUAUAUCGGAUUUUCGCUUCUCAGCCCUGUGAUGCACAAUUUCUGGAUAUGGAGGGGAACUGGAAAUGCAAACUUCUACUUCGGAAAUGCUAUGGGCUAUGCGUGCUUUCAGUUUAUGUUUGUGGAGAAGAGUGUAAACGCAAUGCUCAACCACGACCAGGCGCUGAAGAAAGCUACUGCAGAAAUGACUAAGAACUGAGCCAUUACAGUCAUUUUUUAAUAUUCGGUGUUAAGAGUCUCUAACUAUAAACUUUUGUGGCAAAAUUAGUGGUCUUCUUAGGCCAAACGCAGAAGCCAAAAAGCGUUGAACAACAUGUAUUAGGAGUCGAUUGGUUUAGUGGUAAAGUGUCACAUUUGCCAGUGAUUGUAGUUGCACAGUUUAAACAAGACCUCAAACUCGGACAUCCAAACCAAAUGAGACGACAAUUUUUUUUACGUCGCGACCACUUAGUUACGAUUUCUUGGUUAAGUAGUUUAUUGUGUUAAAUGUAUUUCAUGAUGUUCAUAACUUUUUCAGUUUUUGCAAUGAAGAUUGUUUUACAUGAAA